AUGGUUCGAGACAGAGACAGAGACGGCGAUGAAUCUUCGGCGCCCAGCCAAUCAAGACGCCCUCCUCUCAAUCAUCAGGAGAGCGAUUCGACAAACAGCGACCAGGCUCACCGAGACCACCAUCAUCAGCACCGCUCGAAAUCCCAAAAGCACGUUGUCGGCGGCGGUCGCCUGCAUGCACGCGUUCCUUCCUCCAAAGCACUACACAAACACCAUGGCUCGACGGCCUCAAAACUGAACAAUCACCGCCGACAAGCAUCCCCUUCGCCCGAUCGAAAUCGCGCCUCCGCAGCUGGCCAUCGCCGAGUCCAAUCUGAAGCGAAACUCUCCCGCGACAGCUCCUCCGCGAACCUCAGCAAAACCGCCUCCGCGACGAGCUUACGGAGGAACAAAUCCCACGGCGAAGUCAACAAGCCCGCAAAGAUCAAGUCGGUGGAGAAACUCAAGCGAACGAGCUCGAAUCCGGCCGUGAAUAAGGUCAAGUUGCAAAAGUCACAGGUACAUUUCGACUUGGGGAACGACGGCCAAGACGACGAAUGGGUCGACGCCAGCACAUCCGCUUCACCAUACCUAUCAAGACGAGGAUCGCUCGCCAGCACACAAGCCUCUGCGAAGCCAGACGACGGCAGCAGCAGCGCGAAUAACUCUGCCAGCAACUCUGCCAGCAACUCUGCCAGCAACUCUGCCAGCAACUCUGCCGGCAACUCUGCGAACAACUCCAGAGCAGAAACUCCCGCAGCGCAAUCAUCACCCCUGGUCUCAGCGACACCCGACCGCGAGACCGUACAGCACAAGGCCUACCUAACCUCGAGAUUACUUCAACGCACCCCUUCCCACGGCGCACCUCCCAAGAUGACGGCAGACACAGUAUCCGUCUCACGGCGGGGCCACUCCUCAUCCCCCGACUCCAUCGGCCGCGGCUCGACCCUAGGCGACUCGCACAACGUCAGCACUUUACCGGGCAGCGCCGGCGACGAGCUUAUUUCGAGAUUCGUCAACGCAGGAAGCUCCGGUGCGGCGCGCGAAGGAUCUUUCUACCAGCUCCCAACGCCUGGGCCGGCGAGCUUACGGUCUGAGGAGAACCCUUCUCGAGGGCGACCGCAGUCCUCGGGGUCCGGACGCCAAGGAAGAAACCGCGAUCUGCCAUUAUCAGACGACGAAGACGGCGACAGUGCUCUAGAGACUCGCAAAACCCGCGAUACCACUGACGGUACAGCGCUCGCGCCACGGUCGGGAAGGCGAUUCGCCCCGCCCGCCGAAAAGUCGCGAACGCAGCAGAAGCUCAAUCUUCAGCGCGCCAGCUCCGUCAUUGAGCCGGGCCAGGCAGUAGGAGGAGGCGUGGGCGCAGUGGGCGCGAGCCCCCUGGUCGGCAUUGGCGGGCCGGGCUACGACGGCGGCGCGAGCCGCGACCCACGCGUCGCGAAGCAGCUGGAACGGACAGGGAUGGAGUACCUCAGCGUCCGCCGCUUUCAGAACCCCGUGGUGCGUUCGCUGGACCGCCUCGCGCAGGUGAACCGCGCCAACAAGACGCAGCGGAUACCGCGCAACGGGACCGCCAACGGCAACGGCAAGGCCGCGUCGGUACGGGGGGGCGUUACGCCGGGAGGGCAACAUAUGCGUAACUCGAGCCUGAACGAAGCGGCUCUGGCUGCGGCGUCGGGCGGCACCGGCACCAGCACCGGCUCCACCCGUAGACCCGUCACCCCGCGCGCUUAUUCCAUCCGGACCAACGGGGCUGGAUCGAGCUACGAGGCCGACGGGGACGACCAUCAGAGCAGUCGCGCCCUUCACGAGGGAAACGGCGUCCAGGGCCUCAGCGGGUCGAGUCUUGUGGGUGGAGAGGAAGACGAGGGUAUCACGGCGAUCCUCCGCAACCUGUGGGAGAAGAAUCCGGACCUCAGUGCCAGCCAGGAGUAG